UUAGCAGGUAAUUUUGUGGGUAGAAAUAGAAUCAGUACACACAUAAACUGGCCGGUGAGAUCCGUUUAUUAUCUCUUUAAUUUGUUUACUUAUAAACAAUUAAGGAGUUUGCAGGAAUCUUGACAUCAAAGGACCCCUUCAAGAUUUCCCAAGAUCAUACAGCCUAACAAACGCAUCUCUCUUCCUUUUUUUUCUACUUCAAAUUUAUAGCUUAUCUUGAUACUUAAUCAGUUCUUGUAUUUAAGGUUGAAACUGGUUAAUUAUUGGGAUUAGUAUAAUGGAUAAUUUCCAUUCAAUGUUUCCUUUUCAACAAGAUGAGGAUAAUGAGCUCCUUUUUCCACAGCCAUGUACCAACCCUAUUAAUUUCAUAUACCAACAAGAUCUGGUAAACGAUUUUGCUCCGUUUAAUUCAUUGGAGUUGGGCGACAACAACCUUGCAUUUAACAACAACAACAACGACAGCAACAACAACAACAAUAAUCAGAGAGGCAAUAAGCUACAAAAACCGUCAACUUCUUCUCUCCAUGUAGAGAAAGAGAAAGGUACUAAUGGCAAUAAAGAGAAGAAAGUGAUACAUAGAGAAGUUGAACGACAAAGAAGACAAGAAAUGGCUACUCUUUAUGCUUCUCUUCGCCAACAGCUUCCCCUUGAAAAUAUUAAGGGAAAGCGUUCCACAUCCGACCACAUACUUGAGGCGGCGAAUUAUAUAGAACACUUGCAGAAAAAUGUUAAGAAUUUGGAAGAAAGGAGAGAAAAGUUAAAGAAAGAGUCAAGUUUAAGAAAUCUUGAAUAUCCCAAAAGUGGAAGCUCAUCAACUAGUGACUCCUCACCGGCGAUUGUGAGAGUGAAGGAAUGUUUGGAUGGCAUGGAAAUUUUGGUUAAUUGUGGUCUCAACAAUGAAGGGUUUCGUCUUUCUAGGGUUCUUGAAGUGUUACUUCAAGAGGGGCUUAGCAUUGUGAACUGCAGCUGCACCAAAACAAAUACUACAAGUGCACUUCACACUAUUCGAACUGAGGCCACUGAUCAGCCAAGGAUUAAUGUGGAUGUGAUCCAACAAAAACUCGCAGAUAUUAUUCAUGGUGAUACAAGUUUCAAGUGACUUUCCAUCGGAUAUGAAUAUAUUGUUGUGAGACAACGGGAAUAUACAUUCCUCACCACCUCAGGUUUUAUGGAUCAUCACUGAAAUGUGAAAUCUUUAAUUUUGCUUUCAGUCUUUUAACUGCUUGGGAUGUAGCUGAUUUUAAUAGACUGAAAGGGAUAGUGAGGAUUCAUAUAGCUAGCUCCGACUAAAGGCGUUAUUGUUGUUUUAGUCUGACCUCUUUCAAUUCAAUUAUUCCCUAAUGUAUGAAACAAUAAAAGCUGGAUUAAGAUUCUGGUUUUUGAAUUCAAGUAUACUCGAGGCAUUUUUUCGAGUAAUUUUGAAGUGUACUUCAGCCACACCUUCGGAUGUGAUUUAGGCAAUACUAUUAGGUUCAUUUUAGCUACGCAUUUACUUAGUCCUCGAGUUCAUUAUUGCUUCUUAGUCCUCGAGUUCAUUAUUGCUUCUUGCUUUUAUGAUCAGGAACUUAUUCAUCCUUGUGUAACAUGACUUGAAGACUUCAUUCAGUAAGUAUCAAAGUUUUGCUUUGUCAAUCUUGCUUUGAGUAUUUACCAAAGUUUAAUGGAUGUACAUUGAUGUGUAUGGAUCUGUUGCACAAAGCAUUUGCUCGAGCUUUUAUGGAUUUACGGAGUCUUGAGAGGAAGUUUGCACUUGUAAAUUGAUCUUGAUAUGAACACUAUCUUUCUUACACUAAAAUCACUUCUGCAAUCAUUUUAGCAGGAGUCUUCCGGAAACCACCUCUCUACUUCCAUGAGGUAGGGUAAGGUCUACGUCACUCUAUCCUCCCCAGACCCCACUUGUAAGAUAACAUUGGGUAUGUUGUUUUUGUUGUAAUCAUUUCAGCAGGAUUUUUGUCCAUGUGCAAUUCUAUUGAGUUCGUUUUUAUGACUAUUCAA